UACAACAUAAUUAAUUAAGUAAAUAAUUAAAUGUGCAACAAAAAUAAUGGAAUGUUUAAGCAGCAUUGAUUGCAUGGAUCAAAAAAAUCCACCACCACUGAAUACAGUCAUUAGUGAACAAAGUUUGGUUAUUAGUAUGACUCUUAACGGAAACUGAAAAAUAAUUUCUUUUUACAGCCCUAGGCUGGCUCUGGUGUUAAUACUCAGUGAUUAAAAUGAGACAAAAGGUCUAAAUAUGAGUGGUAAGAAGCUCAAAUUCUCUGACUUAUAAAAAUAAGUCCGAGAAUCAGUAACACUUGAAAUCACCGUUAUUUUUUUUCCCAACGGAAGCUAAUGCUUUUAUUGUGAAGGACAAUCCUCUCAACCGGAACUACUACUUACUCUGUUACCCUGGUCAACUAAAAGCAAUAAAACUAGUAUUUUUUGUUAUAUGUUUAGCUCUGUACCUGCCGGGAAAAUGCAAAUAUGCAGUGUGUGCAGCGAACAGACUCCAAAAUACAGAUGUCCAACCUGCAACAUACGAUAUUGUUCGCUUGGCUGUUACAAGAAACACAAAGAUUCCUGCCUUCCUGUGGAGAAGCCUGCUUCGUCAAAUCCUGAAUCUAAAGAUGCUGCUGGAUCUGCAGAGCCUUUGAGUUUGGGCGAUCUCCUGCAUGAGGACGACGUCAUCGACAAAGUGCCACCGCAGAGGCUCCAGUUAUUGGGUCAGUCAACAGAGCUCAGAGAUCUGCUCUGCAAUCCCCACCUGAGGCAGUUACUGCGCUCCGUUGACGACGCAGAGAGCAAAGCGUCCGCCAUGAAGGCCGCCAUGCAGGAACCUCUGUUUGUUGAGUUUGCAGAUCAGUGUUUAAAAGUUGUUGAAGGUGAAGGCAACGCAUUAUUUUCUAAUGACUGAUUUGUAAAAAUUACAGUAGUUUUUGAUAUUUCUUCAUACAAUUCCAAACACACUGUAUAGCAAUAUUUACCACUAAUGACACUGUAUGUAAAUAAUGUUCAAAUAAAGGCUCACGUUUUCAUAGAUUAUUGAUUAAACACAUAUGCACAGUAAUUUAUUGACAUUUAAAAGUUAUAUAAAAUAUUUUUUACAAAUCAA